AGGUGUGGGCCUGAGCCUGUGACCAUUAUGCAUCUGCACAGGUUGCCACAGAGCCUGUAUGAGUGCAGUCCCGGGUACUCCAUGAGGCUCAGAAAGCAUGCAUGUCAGGGUCUGUGGAGGUCAAUUUGGGUGGUGUGUUAGGCUGGGCAAACAGCAGAAGUGUGUGCCGUGUGUGGAUGUGUGCUAGCCCUUGGUAUGAUGCACGUGUUGUCGGGCUGGUCUAGAGCUAUGUGAGAGGCAAGCAUGUGCAGUGUGCUGGUGUAUGUGUCUGUGGCAGGGCUUGGAGCCUUGUCAUGGUCCAUCUGAGGAAGGGUGGGAUGAUGAGGUGUGAGGGAGUCCCUGUAAGAUGUGAGUGCACAGGGGGCAUGUGCAGCCUCUGCUGGAAGUGUCAGAAGGUGUGUUUCUUCAUGGAGCAUUGCAUAAGUCAAUUUCCUGGGUGGAAUGGAUCCAGAGCACCUGCUGCCCUUGCUGUGGGGAGAUUGCCUGUCCCUCUUGGACAGUGUCAGAGCCCCAAGCUGUUCUGGCUCUGGGCAGAGGUUUUUGUGUCCCCAUGAGCCCUCCCCUGACAUUCCUGCUGAUUCUGUGGGUGAGGGUGCCUAGCCCAUCAGGAAAUUCCUGAGACCUCCCCCACUCCCCUCCUCCUCCUCCUCAUUUGCCACUGGCUUCCUUGCUCCUCCCUGGGAAGAAAAGGGAUGAACUGAGAAUUCAUGGCUGCUCAGGAGUGGAUGCUGGGUGUGAAUUUUUGGCAUUUCCUUUGGCCAAUGCUGGGACCAGCCUGGAAGAAGUUACUGGAGAAUUUAGGAUCUUAGUUGAUACAGCUGAUCCAGGAUUGUGGGUGAGACCUUAGCCAGGAUGGAGGCUGUUGUGAAUGUAUUCCGGGAGUUGCAGAAGAAUGGAGAUCCCCGGAUCCAGAACUACCCUCUGAUGGGAUCUCCUCUGCUAAUGACCUCAAUCCUCCUGACCUACGUGUACUUCGUUCUCUCACUUGGGCCUCGAAUCAUGGCUAAUCGGAAGCCCUUCCAACUCCGAGGCUUCAUGAUUCUUUACAACUUCUCACUGGUGGCGCUGUCCCUCUACAUUGUCUACGAGUUCCUGAUGUCUGGCUGGCUAAGUACCUACACCUGGCGCUGUGACCCUGUGGACUAUUCCAACAGUCCAGAGGCACUUAGGAUGGUUCGGGUGGCCUGGCUCUUCCUCUUUUCCAAAUUCAUUGAGCUGUUGGACACGGUGAUCUUUAUUCUCCGAAAGAAAGAUGGGCAGGUGACCUUCCUACAUGUCUUCCAUCACUCGGUGCUUCCCUGGAGCUGGUGGUGGGGGGUAAACAUUGCCCCAGGAGGAAUGGGCUCUUUCCAUGCCUUGAUAAACUCCUCUGUGCAUGUUGUCAUGUACCUGUACUACGGAUUGUCUGCCCUUGGUCCCGUUGCUCAGCCUUACCUUUGGUGGAAAAAGCACAUGACAGCCAUUCAGCUGAUCCAGUUUGUCCUAGUCUCACUGCACAUCAGCCAGUACUACUUCAUGCCCAGCUGCAACUACCAGUACCCAGUCAUCAUCCACCUCAUCUGGAUAUAUGGCACCGUCUUCUUUGUGCUCUUCUCCAAUUUCUGGUAUCAGUCUUACACCAAAGGCAAGCGGCUGCCCCGUGUACUUCAGCAAAAUGGAGCUCCAGGUAUCGCCAAGGUCAAGGCCAACUGAGAAGCAUGGUCUAGCUAGGCGCCCACCUAAGUGCCUCAGGACUGCACCUUGGGCAGCAUCCAUCAGUGUCCUUCCCAUUACACCUGUGACCAGGGCUUCUGUGGUCAGGACUGAGCAGGGGACUCACCCUCCUCACAGCUGGUCUACAGGGACCACUGCUUCCGUUGUUCCACUUCUGCCGGCCAGCUCUGGGGAUGUGGCCUCAUUGCCCUCUGCCACUCCGGAACUGGAGGCUGAAAGGGCUGGACACUUACUUUCCCCUUCCUGCCUGAAACUUGGGAAACACUCAGGGCUGGUCCCCACCAGGGUCAUGUGGCCUUUUUCCUCACACUGAAGAGGUCAGCAAUAAUCUGUCACUACGGACCAAGGCUCCCUCUCUCUCCUCCACUCCGUGCUGAAGCAGAGAAGCUUCUGGGCCAAAGAUCAAGGGUGGGUGGCCUAGGAAUGCAAGCUGGAGAGGCUGUGUACUCAUUCACUUGUAUCUUAAUUAAAGUGACAGAGGAACCUUCUGAGACUGUGUAUGUACGUGUGUGGAGAGGGGUGCACAGCCAUCUAUAAACAGGAGGGAUGGUGAAGUCUCCUAUAAAAUAUUUUUAAGUUCUCUGAUCACAGUAGAGGGGAGCCCGAGAGGGCUGCUGGGACAUAGGCCAUACAAGGAGAAGAAAGGAAGACAUGACUUUAUUAGAAAAAUAAAAAACAACUGAG